AUGAGUACCAACGAGCCAUUCUACUUGCGAUACUACUCUGGUCAUCAAGGCCGCUUCGGACACGAGUUUCUGGAGUUUGACUUUCGUGUUCUUGGAGACGGCCGCAGCGCAUCUGCACGCUAUGCAAACAACUCGAACUACCGCAACGACUCACUGAUCCGAAAAGAGAUGUGUGUCAGUGACACCUUGGUGGCUGAGAUCAAGCGUAUUGUCAAAGAAAGCGAAAUCCUCAAAGAAGAUGACACAAAGUGGCCUCAAAAGAACAAGGACGGUCGUCAAGAGCUGGAAAUUCGGUUAGGGAGCGAGCACAUUUCCUUUGAAACCGCAAAAAUCGGAUCGCUCCAGGACGUGUCAGAAUCAUCGGACCCCGAGGGCCUGCGUGUCUUCUACUAUCUAGUCCAAGAUCUCAAGGCUCUUGUCUUUUCUCUAAUAGCCCUCCACUUCAAGAUCAAGCCAAUCUAA